UCUAUUUCUGGCCAAGACAGGUUACAUCUUACAAGUGAUGUAUAGUGCUAAUCACACAAAAUAUGCCCCACAAAAUAACGCAAGUUGAUAAGACCAUAAUCACAGCCACAAUUGCACUCACAGACCAACGAAGCUAUGAAGAACAAUAAUGAACAAAGACCUCAUGCCAUCCUGAUACCCUACCCUCUCCAAGGCCAUGUUAACCCUUUCGUUCAUCUUGCCAUGAAACUUGCUUCAAAGGGCUUCACCAUAACUUUUGUCAAUACCCAUUCAAUCCACCACCAAAUAACCAAAACCAAACCUGAUGGUAGUACUGCUAAUGGGACUGAUGACAUCUUCCUCGAAGCACGUCAAUCUGGUCUUGACAUACGUUAUGCAACCAUAAGCGAUGGUUUUCCACUCGGGUUUGAUCGAAUUCUUAACCAUGACAUGUUCUGGGACGGUGUUUUGCAUGUCUUCUCAGCUCAUGUUGAUGAACUUGUUGCCAAGAUUGUUCACUCAGACCCCCCUCUCACUUGCUUGAUCGCUGAUACUUUCUUUGUUUGGACAUCAGUGAUUGCCAACAAGUAUAAUCUUGUUAGUGUUUCGUUUUGGACUGAACCAGCUCUGGUUUUCACUCUCUACUAUCACAUGAACCUGCUUACCAGUCAUGGCCAUUUUGCUUGUCAUGAUAAGCGAGAGGAUGCCAUUGAUUACAUACCAGGAGUUGAUCCAAUCGAACCAAAAGACAUGACAUCAUAUCUCCAGGCCACCGAUGUAACAACAGUGAUCCAUCGAAUACUAUACAAGGGAUAUGAGGAUGUAAAGAGAGUAGAUUUUGUUCUUGUCAACACAAUACAAGAGCUAGAAUCCAAUCCCAUCUUAGCCUUGCAAGAGAACCAGCCAGUUUACGCAAUUGGUCCAGUUUUCCCAACUAAUGUCACUAAACCCAUUGUGGGUUCGAGUUUAUGGUUCGAGUCGGACUGCACUCAGUGGCUCAACACCAGGCCACCCGGUUCAGUUUUGUACGUCUCAUUUGGUAGUUAUGCUCACUGCACCAAAAACGACGUCGUUGAGAUAGCUCACGGGCUUUCGCUUAGUAAAGUGAGUUUUAUUUGGGUGCUUCGCGCAGACAUUGUGGGUUCUGAUGAAGUCGAUUUCCUACCCGUUGGAUUCGAUGAGGAAGUGAAAGAAAGAGGGUUGAUUGUGCCGUGGUGUUGUCAGAUGGAAGUGAUUUCACAUCAGGCCGUUGGUGGGUUCUUGACACACUGCGGAUGGAAUUCAAUAUUGGAAAGCAUAUGGUGUGGCGUUCCAUUGUUGUGUUUCCCUCUGUUGACUGAUCAAUUCACUAAUCGGAAAUUAGCGGUGGAUGAUUGGAAGAUUGGAGUUAAUCUCUGUGAUAAGAAAUUAGUCACGAGAACGGAAAUGGCGGCGAAGAUCAACCGUUUGAUGUGUGGAAAAUCAGGUGAUGAAGUGAGAAAGAAUGUCAAAGAGGUCAGAAAGGUGAUGGAAAAUGCAUUAUCAAGCAAUGGAUCAUCAGAAGAAAACUUGAAUUGCUUCAUUACUUAUGUGAAGUUGAAAACCGUGAAGUUUCACAAAAUUACAGCUUAGAUUAUCUAAAAAA